AUGUCGUUCCUCAAACGCCACCGCUCCGGCGAGACGCGGGCAGAGCACUCGCAGUCCCCCAAGAGAGAGACGUCAACCGUCGCACCUCUUAUCGAUGCCGGCAAGAUCACGAUGCUGGCGUGUUUCCUUGGAACUGUCGCCAGCAUUGGUGGCUUCAUGUUUGGCUAUGUCAGUGGUCAAAUAUCGGGCUUCUUCGACAUGAGAGACUUUGGAGACCGCUUCGGAACAUACAACCCUGCCACCGACGCCUACGACUUCAGCGCUGCUCGCCAGGGUGCCAUCGUAGGUCUCCUCCCCGCCGGAUGUCUCGUUGGCUCCUUGAUCGCGGGCAAGAUUGCCGACUCGUUGGGCCGUCGCAUGGGCAUCUCGGUCUCGGCCCUCUUCAACCUUAUUGGCACAAUCAUUGAAAUCUCGUCCGAGAGAUCGUGGGCUCAGUUCGCUAUUGGCCGCCUUGUCACGGGCUUUGCCAUUGGGUCGCUCUCUGUUCUGGUGCCCAUGUACCAGUCUGAGUCGAGCCCGACCCGCAUCCGCGCCGUGCUUAUUUCCAUGUACCAGCUUUUUAUUACGCUUGGCAUCUGGACUGCCGAGAUGGUCAACUACGGCACCCAUACCAUGGACACGUCUGCCUCCUGGCGUAUCCCCAGCGGCCUUGGCUUCCUGUGGGCUCUUUUUCUCGGCGGCGGCAUCCUCUUCCUCCCCGAGUCGCCCCGCUACGCCUAUCGCAUGGGUCGUGAGGACGAGGCUCGCCGCACAAUUGCGCGUCUUGCUGGUCUCGCCAACGAUGCCCCCGCCGUCAACUUCCAGAUCAACGAGAUCCGCGAGAAGCUGGACGAGGAGAGAGCCGGUGCCGAGACUAAGUGGUAUGAGAUCUUCACUGGUCCUCGCAUGCUGUACCGCACUCUGCUCGGCAUCACCCUGCAGGCCGGACAGCAGCUUACCGGAGCCAACUUCUUCUUCUACUACGGCACCACCAUCUUCAAGGCCACUGGUCUCAGCGACAGCUACGUGACGCAAAUCAUCCUUGGCUCGGUCAAUGUGGGAUGCACCGUUGCCGGUCUCUACGUCGUGCGUAAGUUCAGCCGAAGAAACUCUCUCAUGGCUGGCGCCGCCUGGAUGAUGAUGUGCUUCCUCGUCUAUUCCUUCGUCGGUCGCUUCGUCCUCAACCCCACCAACCCGCAGUUGACACCCCAGGCUGGUAACGUCCUCAUUGUUUUCUCGUGCUUCUUCAUCGUCGCCUUUGCGACCACUUGGGGCCCCCUCGUUUGGACGGUUGUAGCCGAGCUCUAUCCCGCGAGAUAUCGCGCUCCGGCCAUGGCCGUCGCCACCGCGAGCAAUUGGCUGUGGAACUUUUUGAUGAGCUUCUUUACGCGCUUCAUCACGGACGCUAUCGGCUACCUCUACGGUCUUGUCUUUGCCGGCUGCUGCUUUGGCCUCAUUCUGAUUGUUUUCUUCUUCAUGAUUGAGAGCAAGGACCGGAGUUUGGAGGAGGUGGACACGAUGUACCUGUUGAAGGUCAACCCAAUCACGAGCCAUAAGUGGAAUGCCAACAACGCGCCAGGCAAGCCUGACACUGGUGCCGAGUCCGAUGCGACUGUGCACGAUGUGCACGACGAUAAGGCCGUGGCGGUCUAA